CUUUCGCGGCAUUCCGCGAGGUGCAAGCCAGCAGCACGUGCGAGUAGCAACCACCAAGAGCACGCUCGCAGCUUGACAUCAUGGGUGAUCGGCCUGGGAGUCCAGGCCGCCCUGGGACAAGUCAGGGCGGUCCUCGCUUGAGAGGCCGGUCCGACGCUCUCGUGACCGUGGCGAACCGCCUGCGGAGCCCGAUGUACAUCAGCGAUCGGGCGCUUCCCCCAGAGGACGUGACAGUUAACACUAUCGAGAGCCUGCUGCGCAUUCCCAACCUGGCCUCGGGGCGCACUGAGGAGCAGCUGGUGGCGGCCUUCAGCGGGGAUGACGGACUGGUGACGGACCCGGACUUCCUGCCGGGCGUCAGCUCACUGUACCCGGACCCGAACCAGCCGCCCGCCUCAGCCCCGCCGGAGGUGACCUGGCGCCGCGUGUCGGGGACGCUCUACUUCCCGACCGGCAAAACGCCGCGGUUGCUGCAGGGUGUGCUGGAGAGCGGGCCGUUCUUGGGCGCGCUGGCGGCGGUGGCGGCGGCUCGCGGCGGCGAGCUGCUGCUUGACCUGAUCGUGAGCGACGACUCGGCGGGGUCGGGCGCCUACACGUUCCAGUUCUUCAAGCACGGCUGCUGGCAGGCGGUGGUGGUCGACAACUACCUGCCCUGCCUGGCGGACGAGGAGCGGCUGGCGUUUGCCUGCAGUGCGGUGGUGGGCGAGCUGUGGCCCAGCCUGCUGGAGAAGGCGUACGCCAAGGUGCACGGCAGCUACUAUGCUCUGGCUGGCGGCAGUGUGCAUGAGGCGCUGGUGGACCUGACCGGCGGCGUGGGCUUCAAGGUCAAGACAGACACGCCAGAGGGCCAGGCGGCGGCGGCGGACGGCGGGCUGUGGACGGACCUGCUGGCGUGGCUGGGCAGCAAGUCCAUCAUCGGCGCGGUGGCCAAGCGCGCGGCGCCGGCGCGGCAGCGCUUCCGGCCAGACGUCAUCCCCGAGUCGGAGGAGGGGGCCACCACCUCGGAGGCGCUGGCGCAGGAGUUUGCGGAGGGGUUCGAGGGCUCGGGCGAGGAGGGCGAGCAGCAGGGGCCGUACGGAUUAAUGUACGGGCAGCCGUACAACGUGCUGGAGGCCCGUGCCGUGAACGACAACAUCCGGCUGGUGCGGCUGCACUGCCCCUGGCCCAGCGGGAUAUGGACCGGGCCCUGGGCGACGGGCUCUGGGGAAUGGGACUACCCCGCUAUGGCGGGCAAGCUGGACUCCUUCGCAGACAGCUGGGAAGACGAGGCCACCUUCUGGAUGUCCUUCGACGACUUUGUGGCAUUCUUUAACCGCCUGCACGUGUGCAGGAUGUUUCCGCCCACGUGGCACCAGCUCACGCUGCACUGCGGCUGGCAGGGGCCCUCCGCCGGCGGCCCAUACCACCUGCCGCCGCCGGAGCCCACCUUUGGCGGGGGUGGCGCCGCCAGCAGCGCGGCGGAGCGCUCGGGCGGCGAGGCCUCCUCCACCAACGGCGGCGCGGCGGCGCAGCUGGUGAGCAGCACGUGGUGCUGCAACCCGCAGUUCCGCAUGACUGUCAAGAAGGCGGCGGAGGUGGUGGUGUGCCUGGGGCAGCAGGACCCCACAGUGGCGCACAGGUGCCACGUGCCCAAGCGCCACCGCAAACGAGCCAUUGGGCUGCAGAUCCUCAAGGUGCCCCUGGACAGCCUGGGCCGGCGCUGGGAGGUGCGGGCGGGCGAGGUGGUGGCCAGCCUGUCGCCUUGCACCAGCCGCGAGCUGUGCGCCACCUUCAGGGCCAGCCCCGACUUCGCAUACGUGGUGGUGCCGCACGCGGGUCGCGCCGGCGAGGAGGGCGCGUUUGUGCUGCGCACGCUGUCGUCCUCGCCGCUUGAGGUGGAGCAGCUGCCUGCGCCGCUGUGCCUGGUGGUGGGCGGCCACUGGUCGGGCUUCCUGGCGGGGGGCGGGCGCGGCAGCGCGGCGUGGGGCAGCAACCCGCAGUACAUGAUCAGCGCCUCCCACAAGGCGCAGGUGGUGGCCUCGCUCACGCGGCUUGACCUCAAGUACGCCAUCAUCAAGGCGUCUCGUGACCCGGCGCUGGAUCUGGACCUGGCGCUGGUGACGCCGGAGAAGGGGCCGGAGGGGCCCGGGCGGCGCGCCUCCGCCCGCGACUCGGAGGUUGUGGCCGCCGCCAGUCUGCAGGGCGGCGCGCCCAGCAAUGAGGAGGCGGUGCUGGCUGUGACGCUGGAGCCCGAGACGCCCUACCUGCUGGUGCCCAGCCUGGCCGCGCCGGGGGUGGAGGCGCCCUACGAGCUGCGCCUCAUGAGCGCCGUGCCGCUCGAGCUGGUGCCGCUGCCGGAGAUGCAGACCGUGCAGCUGGCCGGCGAGUGGACGACGGAGACGGCGGGCGGCUGCAACGUCAACCCGCUGUGGCGGCGCAACCCCAAGUUCCACAUCGUGCUGUCCAACUUUGGCCGCGUGUGCAUCACGCUGGCGCGCGCCCCCGGCAAGCGGGCGCGGCACCCCGUGGACGACAUGCUGGGGCUGUACAUACUGCGGGCGGCGGGGCAGGACGGGGAGAUAAAGGGCGACCCCCGCCGCGCCGUGGUGGCGGAGUCGACGUUCGUGCCGCAGCCCGACACCACCGCCGAGUACGAGCUGAACGGCGGCUGCCACUACGUCAUCAUGCCCUGCACCUACGGCCCUGGUCGCACCGGUCGUUUCAGCCUGGCUGUGUCCUCGGGCACCGGCUUCCAGCUGCGCAGCCUUCAGAACUGAGGGACUCGGGGAGAUGUGGAAGGCACGAGUUGCGGGUGGUGGGCUGAGGAGACGAGGAGCAGGGAAUGUCGUGAGGCGAACGCUGGGCGAGGAUGGUUUAGGCAUUGCCCGCACUGGACUGGUGGAAGAAGGGCCCGCUGGUAUCGCGGGAUGUUGUAAUGUGCUGGGUGG